AUGCAGGGGAACAUGCUGAUAGCGCUCCUGGUCGGGAUCCUGCUUACGAUUAUCAUAUUUGGAUGGCUGGUCAUUUGCUGGUACCGGAGACAUGUCAACACGGGAAUUCGGAUGAGCCAGGCACGGGCCCGGCUCAAUCGUGACCGUCGAACCUCCACUUGGGACGUGGAGAGGGGGCAAGGUCCUGGCGGACUUGUCCCCAAGUACUCACGCAUCGGCUGGGUACGGCUGAAGCCGAAAUUCGGCACAAUACUGAAGGAACCGGAUUAUGUCGUGCUACGCCGCGUGGAAGGUGCGGCAAGCCCUUAUCGGGCUGCUCUGGUCAGGAAUUGGCAUGCUUCCCCAGCCGAUGCUGAGUCCCAAGGGCGAAAUUCACGCAUAACCCACCAGAAUCAGCAGAGUCGGCAUCAGGAGAAUACACAGAAGCAGAAGCUGAGGCAGACACAGAAACAGAAACAAAGGAAAAGAAACCAAGGGAGUCAGGGACAGCCAGGCAACAAUCAGCCGAAUGGAAACAACAACAAGCCAGCGAAGACUACUGGCUGGAGUGAGCAUGAAGAUCCAGGCCAAACCUCCCACCAUAGUGGAGGAGACCAACAGAACGACCACACCCACAAGGCGGAUGCUUGGACUGAUAGGAAUGAAGCCAGUGGGAGCAAAAAGAGCAAGAAAAGCGGGCACAACAGGGACAACAGGGGCAGCAACAAGAACAGCUGGCACAUUCAAAGCGGCCAAGCUAACUGGAGCAACCACAGCAAGACCGGGGAAAACCACACCCAUGAUGGUGGCCGAGGAAGUGCACGCGAAAGGGGCGCAUCGCACAACGAUUCUAAACAAUCUGAGCACCCCCCUCAAAAGGAUCGGGGUGACGAAGAGUCACAGCACCAUUCCAAUAGGAAGGCUCGAUCUCCUUCGCCGGGGAAAAGCAACAACGUGCACAACACCGGGGAGGGUGGAGAAGAACCUAGUGGGUGGAACGGCCACAAUCCUGCCGGUCGUACAUCUCCUGCAGGGGAUUGGGCUGACGGCCCUACCGUCAAAUGGUGA